UUCUAGGUUAACUAUCGUAAACAAUCCGUCUUUUCCACUAAAACAAUUAAAAAUGCUUUCUAUCCAGCAAUAUUCAGACAGUAGUGAUGACGAUUCACCCAAAGAACCCUUGGAAGACAAAACAACGGCAGUAAUAAACCAAGAUUACCUAAAACCUUUACCACCAGAAAAGGCCAAAUUCUCAGUGCAAAAACAGUUACAAAUUUGUGCUGCACCGAUUGUUUUACCCACAGGCGUCGACGAAGAUAAAAUACAUUUACACCCUGAUACAAAGGAGGUGGAGUUUAAUCCCAAGUAUGAAGAAUUAUUUGCUCCCGAGUUGGGGCCUCAUAACCCAUAUAAAACGCAACAGCGAGCGUUUUCGAAAAAUAUGCUGUCCGGGCAUGUGGAGGCCGCUCAUGUGAGCGAUUUUCAGUUUGAGAAUCAGAGAAGAACGUUUGCUAGUUUUGGGUAUGCAUUGGAUCCUUCGGUGAGUGGCGAAGGAGAGAAACUUAAGGUUGUGGGUGCUAAAGAGGUUAACAGCGAGUCAACGGAAAUAACAACUGUGUUUGAGACUACCAAAUUGAGACCUUUAGAUAAGCGAAAGCGUAAGAAAAACACCGACGCAGGCGACAUAGAAGGAUUCCUCGGCCCGUGGGGCGGUUUCAUAGACGAGCAACGCAUCAUGAAACCGACGGAAGAGGAAGCCAUCGAACUCGAAGAACUCGUAUCGAAGAAAACGAAACGCGGCAAAGUCGUCGAAGAGAAGCCGAUCGAGGAAAAAUCGGUGUUGCACAUCAAGGACGCGCUGGAUUACCAGGGCCGCUCGUUCCUGCACGCGCCGCAAGAUGUCGGGGUCAACCUGCGCUCGGACUCGCCGCCCGAGAAGUGCUUCCUGCCCAAGUCGCACAUACACACCUGGUCCGGGCACUCCAAGGGCAUCGCGGCCCUCAGAUGGUUCCCCAGGACGGCGCAUCUAUUCCUAUCGGCUUCUAUGGAUUGCAGAAUCAAGUUGUGGGAGGUGUACAACGAACGCAGAUGCAUCAGAACCUACUACGGCCAUCGGCAAGCGGUGAGGGACAUAAAUUUCAACAACUCCGGGAAACACUUCCUCUCUGCGGGUUACGACAGAUACAUCAAGUUGUGGGACACCGAAACGGGACAAGUUUUAUCCCGCUUCACUGCCCGCAAAAUUCCCUACUGCGUGAAAUUCAAUCCGGACAAAAACAAGCAGCACCUGUUCGUGGCCGGAACUUCGGACAAAAAAAUUAUUUGCUGGGACACCAGGUCGGGGGAUAUCGUGCAGGAGUACGAUAGGCAUUUGGGAGCUGUCAAUAGUAUCACUUUUGUCGACGAGAAUAGGAGGUUCGUGACUACUUCGGACGAUAAGAGUUUGAGGGUUUGGGAGUGGGACAUUCCCGUUGAUAUGAAGUAUAUCGCCGAUCCCACCAUGCACAGUAUGCCGUCUGUUACACCUGCACCAAAUGGUAAGUGGCUGGCAUGCCAAAGUAUGGACAACAAAAUCGUUAUAUUCUCAGCCUUAAACCGGUUUAAAAUUAACCGGAAAAAAGUAUUCACCGGACACAUGGUAGCCGGUUACGCCUGCAGUCUUGACUUCUCACCGGAUAUGUCGUAUCUUGUUUCCGGAGAUGCCGACGGUAAAUGUUACAUUUGGGACUGGAAAACCACAAAACUGUACAAAAAAUGGAAAGCCCACGAUAACGUUUGUAUAAGCACCUUGUGGCACCCCCAUGAAGCUAGCAAACUAUUGACUGCUGGAUGGGAUGGACUCAUUAAAUAUUGGGAUUAAUUUUAUUUAACAAAAUUUAUUUUUAUUAAAUUACAAUUUUAUUUUAUAAGAUUAAGUAUGAAUGAAAAUUGUGACGACA